AACUGCUAUGAAAAGGUUCGCAAUGAGACAGAAGCACUCAAGUCUUCCAUGGCUGUCGGACAGCCCCAGAGUCCACUAGAGGAACCCAAUACAGAAAAACUUUCACCCCCUGAUCCUCAGAAAUCUCCCGUUCAUGCGGUCCAGGAAAAUCCGCUCUUUGGUCAGCUGCCUAGCGACCGAGCCGUUCGGUUUGCGUAUGCCAAUGAUCCGUCCCCGAUCGACUCUAAAGCUUCCAAAACUUCAAACUUUCAAGUUAAGCAUCCCCGGCCCGAAUGGUUUCCGAUUGACCUUGUCGAAAGAAAGAGAUGA